GAUCUUGAACAAAAUGAAGUUCCUGAUCAUCGUGGCUGUCGGUGCCUUUGUCGUUUUGCAGGCUGAAUGCAGAGUUGCAAGCGUCCAAACACAAGUCGGCAAACGUUCCAUUGAUGCUGAUUUCGAACUCGACGUGGGACCCAUUGGUGCUGGUAUCGAAUUCGGCUUGGGAUUCGGUAACCUUGCUGAUGGGGUCUUGGGCACAGUCUUAAAUACGGAAAUCGGAAAACGUUCCAUUGAUGUCGGAACAGACCUGGGUGUCGAUGCCGUUGUUGACGAAAUCAUUGAUGCAGAAGUGCAAACGGCAGUAGAAUCAAACGUGGGACUUGAUGGACUUUUGAAAAAACGUUCCGUUCUUGGAGAUGGUCUUUUGAAAAUUGGACAAGGCCAUAAGAACCUACUGAAUGGUGUACGCGGACCCCUGAAACAUCUCGGCAAGAAAUGGAAGAUAGGCGGGAGGUAGAAG